GAAGCUCCUGCAGCCAAUCCGUAGCCUCACCUCCCACGUGCUGAGGUAAACCCAGCACAGCCAUGGAUGGAGAGGCCAGUGGGUGGGCGGUGGAUCUGGGCCGCGCCAUGGGCAUCAUGAUGGGCAUGUCGCGGGGCUUCAACUUGGCACGCCUGCUGACUCCAUGCCUGUUGCCUGGCUCAGCGCUGCUGCUGGUGGCACGCUUGGCACCUGCGCUGGAGCAGCUGGAGAGUGAGCUGUGUGCGCCUGCCCAGCACUCUGUAUGCACCGCCUGCCCGCUGACCUAGCCUUGGACGAUUCCCACAGCACAUGGUGGGAGCUCCACGGAGACGGGCUGAUGGUGCAGCUGCUGCUUGUCAACAAUGCUGGUGAGCGGGUGGCGCUGAGACACACUCCUGAGCGCGUGCAGAGUGCGUUCCUCCUCCAGGUCCAGAGGCAGCUGGGGGAUUGGCUUGCUGGGUAUUUAUAUUUUUCAAAAUAUAGUCCAGCCACCCACAAGUUCUGAGGGACACUGGACCGGCCCCCUGAUGAAAAGGUUUGCUGACCCCUGAUAUAGAUGUUGUGCCUCAAUGAGGGUGCAAUGCUGGACCAGCAAGAGGUGUGGCCUGGGAGAAGGGGUGUGGCUGCAGACAUUCCCAGGGGGCGGACAAAGAGGCAUGGAGAGGCACAUUUCACUCCUGGGCUGAGGUUUGCCAUCUGUACUAUAACACCUUAUAAAAUCUAAAAUGUUAUCAGGAAGAUGUUUGCUGCUGACUGUGUUCUGAAACAUCAACAAGCCAGGCCAAGUGGAUCCAAUGUGGGGAAUCAUGGUGAAGUGUGUCAAUAUGUGUCUUAAAAACCCUGCGCUGAGUUCAUCCAGUAGUCAAUAGUUGGACAGAAUACUUUACAGAGAGUUCUCCUCUAUUUGAAAGGCUAUCACCAUAGAGCAGCCUUGUCUUCUUGGCCUGGGAAUUAAGCACAGUGUUUUUCCAGGGAGACUUUGCUCUCCUAGAUACUAGAAUUUGCACAGACUGAUCUAUAUAAGAACAAUAAAUCGAAGAACUGGUGUCUGAGAUUGCAUUUCCCCUCUUCCCUCCCAUCCAUUUUUCUUUUUGUGUCCUGUCUUUGUUGACUGCAAGCCAGAGGGCAGGGGCUGUCUUACUACUGAUUUUCGUAAGGCAUUCUGGGGGUCUUUUGGGCAGGGUAUAAAUGCUUUCAGUAAAUAUUUCAGUUCAGUUCAGACAAAUUUGCAUUUGUGAAUUGAAUAUUAUAUUCCCCAGUUCCAUAAUAGAUAGACUAUUCACUCUGCUAGUCUUCUCCAAAGAAUCCAUUGUCCUUCAAGGAAAUUUGACAUAAAGUGGAACUGAUAAGAAUUUUAAAUUAACUGCAUCAACUCUUUCACAGUUGCGAUGCAUUUACAAAUAGUAGCCACUAGGUGGCAGAAACAAACAAAUUUCAAGUACAUCCAGCUUAUCUUGAGAAAGGUAGGAAGGAAAGUGUCAGGUCUAAGAUAUACUGAAUGAAUCAAACGUCCCUGUAGCAGUUAACUUUAUGCAUCAAUGAAAAGUCCAGCAGCUGAAUCAAUGGCAUAGUGAAAUCAUGAUAGUAGACUUGAUCCCAUUGAAGUCAAUAAGACUGGAACAUAUUAAAUGAAACAGCUAUGUUUCACCUGAAGUAGCACUUUGGCUGACUGGACAAGUACUGAACGGAGUUCAUUUCUAUACUAGGCACAUCUAUUCUGUGUUUGUCUACAAUGGCAACAAACAUAAUCUUUCAACGGCCAUUGGAGAAUGGAUGGCAACUAGCAGAUUGAGGUUGAAUCCUGACAAGACAGAAGUAUUGUUUCUGGAGGACAAGGGGGCGGGCAGGUGUUGGGAACUCCCUGGUCCUGAAUGGGGUAACUGUGGCCCUGAAGGACCAGGUGUGCACCCUGGGAGUCAUUUUGGACUCACAACUGUCCAUGGAGGUGCAGGUCAAUUCUGUGUCCAGGGCAGCAGCCUACCAGCUCCAUCUGGGACAACAGCUGAAGAUCCUACCUGCCCGCAGACUGUCUCACCAGAGUGGUACAUGCUCUGGUUAUCUCCCACUUGGACUACUGCAACACGCUCUAUGUGGGGCUACCUUUGAAGGUGACUCAGAAACUACAACUAAUCCAGAAUGCGGCAGCUAGACUGGUGACUGGGAGAGGCUGACUGGACCAUAUUACACCAGUUCUCAAAGAUCUACACUGGCCCUAAAAGAUUGUAAAAAGCAACUACAACUUAAUUUCCAUUGAUAUCACGAUGGAAACAAAGGAAAGAGCUGUGCACAUCUUUUAACCAAGCAAUCAGCAAAAGCAAAAAGUGGUCUGAAAGGUACAAAACUAUUGCAUUAAAGCAUUUAAACCAACAUCUUUUCUUAAAACAACAACAACAACAACAACAACAACAAAUAUGGAGCUGAUAAGAAUGAAAGUGAUUUCUGGGCUUUGAAUGGAUCACAGAUACUACAUUAAUCAGUGCAGUGUACUGUACCUGAUAGAAGCACUGUAUGGUUCAUAAAUACAAACUUUCAGGAUCUGGAAUUUCGCAUUUUGAGAUUUGCCCAUUAGUAAUUGCCUGGUACAGAUUAUUCUGACUCACUCCAUCUGGCAGAUGAAAAGCCAACAGUUAAGAGUCUUCAUUUGCCGGAGACCAGUAGAGUACUGUAAUUAGCUUCAUUUGGCAUUCAAAACAGUUGCAUGCAGUUGGCCAUUUACGGCUUCCUGAACUGAAUUUCCUUGGCAAUUUGGACCUCUGCAACUUCUAUAAUUACUGUAUGUUUGAAAUAUUGUCAGAUCCUUAGCUGGAGAAUUAAAAGGCCUGAAUCAGCUGACUUAUUUUGAGCAAUGACUCAUGAAGGCUUACACUGAAAUAUGCAAGAUACAUCUGCAAGUCGGGAUGCCGAUACUUGAGGGAAGAGGAAGAAGAAGAAGAAGAAGAAGAAGAAGAAGAAGAAGAAGAAUUUAUUAUUUAUAUCCCACCCAUCUGGCUUGGUUUUCCCAGCCACUUUGGGUGGCUCCCAACAAAAUAUUAAAAACAGAAUAAAACAUCAAACAUUAAAAACUUCCCUAAACAGUGCUGCCUUCAGAUGUCUUCUAAAAGUCAAGUAGUUAUUUCCUUGCCACUACUGAGAAGGCCCUCUGCCUGGCUCUCUGUAACUUCGCUUCUCGCAAUGAGGGAACCGCCAGAAGGCCCUCGGUGCUGGACCUCAGCGUCCGGCCUGAAUGAUGGGGGUGGAGACGCUCCUUCAGGUAUACUGGGCCGAGGCCAUUUAGGGCUUUAAAGGUCAGCACAAACACUUUGAAUUGUGCUCGGAAAUGUACUGGGAGUCAAUGUAGGUCUUUUAGUACCAGUGUUAUGUGGUCUCAGCGGCCGCUCCCAGUCUGGCUGAUACAUUCUGGAUUAGUUGUAGUUUCCGGGUCACCUUCAAAGGUAGCCCCACAUAGAGCGCAUUGCAAUAGUCCAAGUGGGAGAUAACUAGAGCAUGCACCACUCUGGCAUUCAUUUUGUGUUCAUUUUGUCUUUCUGCAAUGUUGAGCAGAUCUCUACUGCUUCGUACACUACCUGCUCUGGGGAAUCACUUAGCCUAAGUCAUACCACACUUAUAUAUCCAGCCCAGGCACCAGCAUGCUUGCACAUUGGCUUGUCUAAAGACCUCUGUUGCCCUUCUGUGUUCCUGGUGGAUCAGCUGAUCAGGUUUGUCAAUCUUUUUAUCCCUUGACAUUGGCUGUCAUGUCAAGCAUGUUCAGCAUGUUGGGUAGAGCCUACUUCUGAUUUUCAUUCCCACCGCUUCUGAUCUACUUACCCUAGUUUGCUUUCACCACCAACACCUAAGUUGGAAGGAAUUGGUGGGCCAGAAAAUCAUAACACUCACUGCUUGGAAGCUAAAAUAACCAGGAUGAUGAAGUUUGACACCCAUUGAGGCAUUUAAUCAUCAUUCACUAUUAUUCCAGUUUGUAACUCAAACUUUUGCAUUGGCACUAGAAAUGUAGGUUUGGCAUGUUUCUUUCUGCUAAGCGCUGAUGGGCUAUUGCAAGCAUAUUUCAAAACGGAAUUUCUAGAUACCCAUUUAAAGGCAAACCUACCUCAACUUUCUCAUUUAAAGGCAAAUUUACCCCAGUUCACAUUUUCCAAAACAACAUGAGAACUAAAAAAACAGUCAGCCCUCAAAAUUUGCACUUUCUGAAUUUUGCAAUGCGGUUCUCCAGCCAAGUAAUGUGUAGAAAAAUACAUGCACUGAGAUGCAAGUGUCCAUGAAAAUAUUAGUGAAAAUAACAGAAAAAUGCAGUAUUUUAGUGGAAAUUUCUUUGCAGAAAUGUUUGUACAGUGGAACCUCGGUUGUGAAACAUAAUCUGUUCCAGAAGACCGUUUGACUUCCAAAGCGUUUGACAACCGAGGUUCCACUGUAUUAGGCAAAAUUGUAUACAAAACAUAGACAUACAGAGAGAUUUACAAUAAACUGUUGAUGAAGUUUCAUGGGGACACGCACACCACCAAAUUGAUGUGCAAAUGUGGAGAACUGAAUUUAAGAUUGGAAAAACAAAAAGCCCAACCUCAUACUUUGUCCCUCCCUGAAGGUUUCUUCCUGUUUGGUCCAUUCCUUUGCUUCAGCUCCCCAACAAACACAAAGGUUCUCACAUCAUGUGGGUGGAAGUUUGAUUCUACCGCCACUUCCUGUCAUUCCUUUGAAGGAACAGCACAACUGUGAUACUCCAAAGCAAUUACCCAUGAAGUACUGGUAUAUUUGUCAGAGAUUGGAGAUACUCCUGAACAUUGAAAAAUUCAAAUAACAUGAGAUGAAGAGGAUCCUUGCUCUGGCUAUUUGAGGCUUUGCGACCACAGAUAUCAUGAGACUCUAAAAAUAUUCCUGGCUAUAUACUUUACUUCCUCUCCUCCUCUGGAAUAUUUCCCUAGCUAAUAUAAUUUAAAUUGCCCAGACAUCACUUGUGGAUGAUGCCUCUUUGCCUGUCUGGCUGAUAGAUACUGUGGCAGCUGCAGAUUACAACACAUUAAUGACAGAGCAAAGUAAUUUGCAUCAUCAAGACUCGAAGUAUCUGCAUUCCAGCCUCUUGUAAAUAGCACUAAUCUACUUUCCAAGAAAAGACUGCAGGCUAACUAACUUGGGUUUGUGGGAUGCAUUUCUUAAAAGCACUGUAAGAUUUGCAUUAAUAUUGAAUGUUGGAGAGAUUUAUAGCCACACAGGAUUGCGUCUGAUUGAAGAAAUAUAAAGUGUUGUGAGCACUCCAUGCAUAUCACCAGAGUAUUAACAACAUAAAGUAUCCCCAUAGCUUUUAACAUAAAAAAAUAUUUUAGCUUAAAAAAUGUCAUUCUGAUCAGCAAGCAGUCUAAAGUACAGCUCAUAAACCAUCCUGAGGAAUAAGCUUCACUGAAAUAUUUCCAAAGCUGUAUUGAAUAAGACCUUGGUGAGGAGUCCUCAAAACAUCAUUCGUAAUUAUACUUUUCAUCCUUCAUAUGAGAAGUUGAAAGUUCCCUCUUGUUUUUCACUGAGUAUCUGGUCAAGCAGAAGACUAGUUCCCCAGAUCAUUUUCCCUCAAACUUUUAACCAGGUAACAUGUGAUUCAAGAAUGAGCAAUAUGAGGGAUGAGUCAAAGUGUGUGGCAUGAAGUUGCAUCCAAGAGGGGAAAGGCAAGACUUAGAGAACACAGAAAGCUAUUUUGAUCAGUGGGUUUCUGUACACUAGAUCGCAGAACAGUCAUUCAGAUGCAAAAUCAUACAAGUUGGUGUUACAAAGAGGAAUAAGAAGCUCACUUCACUCUCAGUUAAUUAAAAACUAUCUGAUCAUUGGGGAUGUUCAAGGUUAAAAUAUUUUCCUAGAAGAGGUCUACAGUCUGAAGGUUAAUGAAGAUGUGCCACUGAACCAAACCAAAUUAAGUGUCUUUUGUUCAAGGGGCUGGCUUGGUGUACUAGAUAACUUCUGAGUUACUUGCCUUUAUAUGAACCUGAUGAAAUGUCCAAAGUGAAUUUUGCAAAGGACAAGAACCAUAGAUAGAUAUAGCUAUAUUUACCAAUGUGUGAGCAGGACUCUAUAAUUCUGAUCUUGGUAUCAUUUCUGGACAUGUGUUCUGUGCAUUCUCCAUCAGAGUUGUGGCACAGGUAGUGUGUGCAGGCAAAAAGGAGGAGAGGUGUAGCUUUUCUGAGAAGCUACGUCUGCUGAAUUACCGUUAUCUGCAUAAUUAUGAAAGAUGUAGGAGACCUGUCCUCUUUUGCAUCUGAGUACCCAAGUGCGGGACGCGGGUGGGUAAAACCUCAGUGCCUAGGACUUGCUGAUCGUAAGGUCGGCGGUUCGAAUCCCCACGGCGGGGUGAGCUCCCGUCGUUCGGUCCCAGCUCCUGCCCACCUAGCAGUUCGAAAGCACCCCUAAGUGCAAGUAGAUAAAUAGGGACCGCUUUAUAGCGGGAAGGUAAACGGCGUUUCUGUGUGCGGCGCUGGCGUUGGCUCGCCAGCUGCAGCUUUGUCACGCUGGCCACGUGACCCGGAAGAGUCUCUGCGGACGGUGCCGGCUCCUGGCCUCUUGAGCGAGAUGAGCGCGCAACCCUACAGUCGGACACGACUGGCCCGGACGGGCAGGGGUACCUUUACAGUGGUGCCUCACAAGACGAAAUUAGUCCGUUCCACGAGAGUCUUCGUCUAGCGGUUUUUUCGUCUUGCGAAGCAACCCUAUUAGCGGCUUAACGGAUUAGCGCUAUUAGCGGUUUAGCGGCUAUUAAAGGCUUAUCGGCUUAUCGGAUUAGCUGCUAAAAGGCUAUUAAAGGCUUAGCGGCUUAGAUAAAGGGGGGCAAAGCGAAAAAAAAAUCUCAAGACUCGCAAGACAUUUUCGUCUUGCGAAGCAAGCCCAUAGGGAAAUUCGUCCUGCGAAGCAACUCAAAAACGGAAAACCCUUUCAUCUAGCGGGUUUUCCGUCUUGCGAGGCAUUCGUCUUGCGGGGCACCACUGUACUUACCCAAGUGCCAUGCAGAGACCUAGCUCAUGCUCCCCACCCACCUGAGAAAAGUAUUUCAUGACUUUUGGUUUUGCCACCAUGGUGAACAGUGAUUACCAUGAUAGCAGACCCCGGGCAUGCAGCCAAUUAAGGAUAAUUUGAGAGUAAUUAUCCCUGCAACCCCCCCCGGGUCGGGGGAGGGAGAGCUCUCAUUUGCAGAUUGUCCAGUACCUGCCUCCUGCUCCUAUGGAAUGCAGGGGGGAGGGGAUGCUGAAUGCAUAGCACUGCACGCAUCGGAAACUUUCCAACCAUGAGUGGAGAUUCUUCUAUUUUUUCAGAUAUAUCAGAAUUCGGACUUAAGAAACAGGCAUGUUCUGGAAGAAGGAGACAAGUUAACCUGCUAAAUGAAUCAGCCACCAAGUGCCAAGGUCUUGAUCUGGAGAAGAUUUUCAUCGUAAUUGAAUUGGUAUGUGGUGGAGAGAAGCCUUUGUUUUCUCUUUAUAUAUUUACUACGCUGUUUUAUGAUUUGGCAGCUCUUCAUUGAAGAAGAAAAAAUUAGCUACUAAUGGAUUGUAAUAAUUAAUGGAUUGUAGUUAUUAAUGGACUGCAAGAGGGAAUCAACAAGAACUUUAUAAUGCUUAUGGAUUAAUUGAAAGAAUGGAACUGUGUGGAAAAUAUUGGGAUGUUCUGUGGCAAUACCUUCCUACAGAGGACUCUGAUUUAUUAUGGUGUUGGUGAGAGAUCAGAUAUUAUCAGAUGGGAAAGAUUUCAAAGAAAACAAUGGAAAUCUGCCUGGAGUAAUGGCCAGACGCCGGACGCCAGACCAUUUUCGGUUUUAAGAAAAGCAAGAUGGCGAAAGGUCACUACACAGUAAAAUUGAGUCCUUGGAGUGGGGGGGGGGGGAAUGCUGAAAAUGAUUGAUUGGCACAAGAAAGGAAGGUCAAAUGUUAAAAACAACAACACUCCACACAGAAAGUUACCAGAUAUAAACUCCUCUUGCAAAUUAAAGGAUUCGGAACAGUUAAAUAGAAAUGAAAGUCAACACAUCAGUGGCUGUUAAAAUAAAGGAUCAACAUCGGAACUUUAUUAUUUGGAUUAAAUAAGCAGAUUGGAGUGGGAACAAGGAAUCAACAUCUCCUAAAAAUCUCCUAAAAUCAGAACAUGGGAAGUCAACCAAAAUGUUUGAAUUGGAAUCUGACAAUUGGCUUUUUUAAUUGAAUUAUGAUUUGGUAUUGUAUCAAUGUGGUCUAUAUUGGAUUGUUAUUAAUGAAAAAUUAUAUAUAUAUAUAUAUAGCAUAGUAUUUCAUAUAGGCUUGCUCUCCUAUAAGGAACCCAAAUGUUAUUUAUAUGAGAAGUUUUUCUUCCAAUACUUUUAUAUCAUAAUAGGACACUCCAGAGCAUCCAUGCAGUUUGUGACCAACCAAGUGAACUCAGCUACAGAUACCAUAGACUCUUCAUAAUAUCUUGCUUGGAAAAUACAGUUCAGAGGCUCUUAAUGUUCACCUCAAAUGUGAGAUGAGCAUUAUGACUUAUGGAUUUUUCUCUGAGCCUCCAUCUGUCUCACACACUUGUCUCCAUUGCUACUCCAACAACGUGUGUGUCUCCGAUAGGUUUUUGUUUGCAUUUAAAAGGGGGAAAAAAGCAAAAUUCAUAUUAUUGAACCAGUAUGUGAACAAAAACAACACAACUUUGUACUACUCCAAAUUUUCAGACUCACUUGACCAACAAGUAAUGUGUACAAAAAUGCAGAUAUGGAGGAAAUUUGCAUUAAAAAUGCAUACACCUGUGAAAAUCUACAUAAUGCAUUACAUUAGGGAAUGUUGCUUAGUCAAAACUGCAUACAAACUGUGUUUUAUUAAGAGAAAUUCACACUAAAAUGCUAACGAAAUUUCGUGAGGAUUAAGAAUUGCUGCAGAAAAAUGGAGAACAGAAUUUAAGACUGGGGAAAAAAUUAAGAAGCUGAGAGAAACCCAAUUUGAGAUAUUUUUCCUUCCCCCGUCUCUGAUCCCUACCCUCCUGCCGGCCUACUUGGCUGCUGAUCUUAGCAGCAGCAGGAGAGAGAAAGUGAGAGAGACACCUUCUCUCUCUUCCCCCGCCAGGUGUUGUGAGCAUUGGCAAAUACAGUUGUCGCAGGUCUCCUGGCACUGGCUUUCAGUUUAACUCAGUUUUGCUAGAGUAAGCUGAGCUGUCCCAUGCUAUUUCUUGAUUUUGUUUCUGUUCCAAGGAGAACUGGUGGCGAGAUGCCUGCCACUAGGCACACAGCCUACCAACUAUGCAUGACUUACAAGAGGCUCCAAAGUCUCCUGCCUUUCCUGCCAUCAUGGCAAAAACAUGCCAACAAGCAGCUUUGCAGGCUCCGAUGUGUGGGUUGCGUUUUGCUUGGUGGGUCACAAGUCAUGCAGGCCUCCUCUAGACCUACUUUAUAGCCAGAAAUAGCUCCUUCUCUUGCAGCAGAUGUGCCUUUUAUUACCUACUUGUAAAAGUUUCAUUUCGCAGUUCUGUUGGUGAUGUUCUUGAAAGCAGCUUUAUAAAUAGAUUGAUUACUCAGUAACAUUUGCCCUGUUUGAAUAACAACAACGUGAGAUUUUCAUAAAAGGUUGCUGAAAUACUGCAUUUAUGAUGAUUGCUUUACAUAGCCAGAAACCUGAAUGAUUUCAGUAGCAGAUAUCCUUUUUGGCACUAUGCAAAUGGAAGCAUAACUUUGAAAUAAAUAAAUGUCACUAGGUAUGCACCUUUUCUGAGGGUUGAGCUUUCAGCAUUUCUCCUUGACUUUGUGCCCCAGCAAUUGGUCUUUCAGGUUAAUCAGAUGGACCACCAGCUAGCUGAAGAAUCAUGUGCAUGGCUCUCCAAAUACAGCCAUAGAUUUGGAGGGUGCCUUCCCCUACUCAGGGCAGGAAAUCCAGAGCAAAAGCAUCUCCAAGAGCUCUCUGCCCAGCCUCUAGCAAGAGAGACAGUUGCAUGCAAAUUAUUGGUUAGAUCAGGCAUAGCCAAACUGGGCCCUCCAGAUGUUUUGGGACUAUAACUCCCAUCAUCCGUAGCUAACAGGACCAGUGGUCAGGGAUGAUGGGAGUUGUAGUCUCAAAACACCUGGAGGGCCGAGUUUGCCUAUGCCUGGGUUAGAUCCAUUGAAAUUAAUGAAUAUAAGUUUGCCCUGUCCAUUAACUUCAAUAGUCUACUCUAACUUGGGCUAGCGCUGAAUACCACCCACAGAGUUCAGCAUUCCUCCAGGUAUUUGUUUCUAUAGUCAAACUAGUCUUACCAUCAAGAGGUUUCUCCUAUGUUGAGCUGAAGUCUACUGUCUUGUAACUUAACUUAUAGCGCGCGGCAUAGCUCAGUUGGUAGCACAUAAGACUCGUCAUCUCAGGGUCAUGGGUAUGAGCCCCACACUGGGCAAAAAGAUUCCUGCAUUGCAGGGGGCUGGACUAGAUGACUCUCACAGUCCCUUCCAACUGUACAAUUCUAUGAUUCUAGGAACAAAAAUGAUGAUAAUGAUGAUUUCAUUGCCGGACCCUCACUCUUAAAGCCUCAGGGUAUGUUACAACAAUUUAAAAUGCAACAUUCAAAAUAGCUUUAUACAAUUUACAAUCACAAAAAAGGUAAAUAUCCAUCUUGGGUUUCGAAGGCCAGGGAAAAGAGGUCUGCCUACAAGCAUUUGAUAAAAACUGUAUAGUGAAAGUGCCAAACACACCUCUGUGGGAAGGGAGCUUGACAAGUCAGGAGCUGCCUCAGACAGGGUCCUCUGCUGGGCUGCCACCCACCCCCAAGUUUCUGAGGGUGGCAGAUCUACCAAGAGGACCGUCUCUGCUGAUCUUAAAACUGGAGGUCUGUAGGGAUCUAGUUAUUUUCUCUGCUGCCCCAGAAGGCAUGUCCUCACUAUCUUCUCUGUGACAGACCUUCAG